GGACCUUGUCUUUUAGUUUUUGCCCAAAUACCUUCCAUUAUUUCAGAUCCUUCUUUCUUGGUCUCUCCGUCGUUUCUAAUUUUCUUCCGACUUCGAGUCUUCCGGCUAUCGCUCCACCCUUCUCGCACUUCUGCAGUCUCCAAUGGCUGCCUCUCUCCAUGGAUCCGUUAUCCUUCGGAACACUAACCCUAAUCUCUAUGGCAUCCGAGUCGUUGCCGCCGCCGCCUCGCCUUCUUCCGCGAUAUCCUUUCCUUUGGCUCCCGCCCCUCGCGGGUUGGUUCCGGCCUGCGCCCUGCUGACCAGAAAAGGUCUGGGAUCUCUUCCGGUUCCGGCAAAAUGGAAGCCAAAAGGCUUUGUUGCUUUAGCGACUUCUCAUGAGGAAUCGAGAAAUUCGGAUAUUGAAGUGGAGAAGGAUAAUAAUGAUGCAAAUGUAAACGAUGGAGGAUCAAAAGAAGCAUGGAAGGAGUCACUUGAACGCUUCAAGGUUGAAGCCUUAAAGGUUAAAGCUGUAUCAGAAGAAGCAUAUGAGGUUUACUCGAAGAAAGCUAUAGAAAUGUUGAUGGACACAUCUGAGAAGCUCAAAAUUCAAGCUGAUAAAGCACAAAAAGAUCUAAGUGUAAUAGCUCAGGAAAUCUCGAAUGAAGGACAGGAGUAUCUAUCUGAAGCAGCAAAGAAUUAUCCUGAUUCGGUUAGGGAAAUAUUGGAAGUUUAUGCUUCAGUGGAGGAAUCGAGCAAUAUUUCCUCUGUCAGAGAUUUCUAUCUUGGAAUUCCUUAUGGUUGCUUUCUUGCUGUUGGUGGCUUCCUACAUUUCAUGCUUACUGGAAGCAUUCCUGCCAUCCGAUUUGGCAUCAUUCUUGGCACUGCAAACUUGGCUCUAAGUGUGUCAAGCUUGAGGGCAUGGAAGAAUGGAAAAGAAACCCCCCUUCUUUUGGUUGGGCAAACUGGUCGGUCUUUUUUGUCAUCAUCCUCUUCUCAUUCUUUCUCAUUAUUUUAAAUUGCAAUGUUGUUAUGACUGGCUCUUGCAGCAACAAUUCAUCCCUUUUCAACUUUUAUUAGCACGUUUUUUUUCUGAUUGCUGCUCUCUUUUUUAUUAGCAAAGGCUAAUGCAUUAUUAGUUGGUCUUUGUAGUAGUAUCGCCGACAUUUGUAAGUUGUCAUCAUUUAUGUUUCCUUUUGACUCAUCAAUUGGUACUUGAAGUUGACAAAUUCCUUCCACUAUACUUUUGACUCAUCAAUUGGCACUUGAAGUUGACAAAUCUCUUCCACUAUGAAUCAUGUUUAAACCAUAAACAAAAUGAUUUCUAGUUUCUAUGAUGAAGUUGGUCAUCUUAGUACUCUCCUACCUCUCCUCACAUGAUAGAAGACUCCAAUGCAAGAGCCUAAACCACUUAGUCUCUCCUUUAAACAACAUUGUAUUGUAUCAACUUGAGUUCCUUUACAGGGACAGGCGAGCAUAUCAUCUAGAAUCCUAAGUCUUUUUGCACCUACAAGUAUAAUUAAAUUAAACAUCUUCUAUAUAACUUGUAUAGAUCCCAUAUUUCAAAUAUUCAUGUAUUGUAGUAAUAUCUUAAUUUGUUUCAUAUGGUAGCUACUUCUGGUUGUUCGGACAUUGUAUUAUCUACUCUCAUAAUCACAGUUCACACCUCAACAUUCUUUUCUUUAUGUUUUCAACUUUUUUAUGUUGUCUUCAGACCAAGCAACCAUCUGAUCUAUGUAGUGUGGCAUUGCUGUUUUUUUGUUAUGUUGUUUAAUCACCAAACUCUAUGAACAAUAUCUUCAUAAAAUGUCUAGCUAUGGAAUAAAAGAUCAUAGCUAUUUUUAAAUUUCAAUUUAUAGGGAUAUAUUGUUCAUUCAUCUAGCAUCCUUGUGAUUGCCAAAAUUUCAUUUGAUUUCAUGCAUUUGCUCUUAGUUGGGUUAAAAGUUCAUAAUUCUACUGUUUGCUGCUCCAUAUGUAUGUUUGGAAUCAAUUUCAAGACCUUGUAAUUAAAGCAAUCCAGUUAGUUGAUAUGUUUAGCAUUACUACUACACAUGAUAAGUUUUGUCACAUGUUUUUAGAAUUUUCUGGGAUUUAGGUUCAGAAGAUUUACAUAAGGUGGUGACGAAAACAAAAACAUUUGCACAAUUGAGACAUUAAGUAAUGGGUAGUGUAGGUAAGAUUCUGUUAAUUGAAUAAGUAAUUAAUUUGAAGUAGAGGCUUGUCAUGAUUACAAACUGAUGGAAGCCAGCAAAUGGCAAAAUGCGGCACAAGUGUCCACAUGACAUAUUGUGAUAGAUGAGACGUGUGAACUCAAUUUGAUUUUUCUAGAAUUAUUCAGAUUCCCUAAUGUAUAUUGACAUUUGAUUCGCAAGAAAUUUGGCCUAGAGCUUGGUAACUGACAGAUAGUACAUCCAUAUCAAGUCCUGAAUCAUUCUUAUAUUGCACUUCUGCAGCAUGUCCUAAUUAAUGCAUUGCCAUAUAUUAUCUAUGCCAUGAAAUCUCUAUUGUACUAGAGCACUGAGUUUUACCUAAUUUGUCACUCACGAUGUCAUAUCCAUGCAACAAUGUCAAUUGAUUCCUUGUUUAUAUUGAUAUGUAAACUACUAGGUGGUCAUCACUUCGAUUAUGUUUACCUGGAAGGGACUAGCUUUAGUGAAAUGAGGGAGGGAAAAGCAUGUAUAAAAUGUCUACCUUUGCUGUGUACAUUGAAGGGAAGUUGAGACUGGUCAAACUCACUAGGGAGACAGAACACCAUCAAACGCUUGGGUGGUAGUUGUGGAAGGAAAGAUGAUGGGUAAGAGGAAAGGACUGAAGGGUAAUUUGGGCAGUCAUUGAUCACAUCGCCAUCAGCUGCUUCAUGUUGGUGACCAACAUCUUGGCUGGUGGCAUAUCCAUGGUCGAACCACUCAAUAUUGCCAUUGUUGCUUUGAUGUGCAAUGGCAUCCUCAUUGGCCAGACAACACACCAACAACUACCCAUUCUUUCAAAGUAGGACUCACAUGGGACAAGGAGGAGGGUUGAGAUCAAUUGAGAAUGAUACAGAGGAGGUUGAGAUUGAUGUUGUGGUCAUGGUGCUGUGAUUUUGAAGUUUUUUUUUUUUGUUUUUAAACUCAAGGAUAUUAUUUCAGCAAGUUUUUAGCAUGCAAGUCAAUUGGGAUGGAGGGCUAAAGUACUUGUGCAGGGAUUAGCUUAUAACGCUGUUGAUGGAAUCUACUUUCCUUCAUUUUAUGGCUCAGAUUGGACCAUUCAGCCUCUGCCUUCAGAUAUGCCUGCAGGGCAGAGAAGUUGGUUGUGUGACAAAGUUUACUUUAGUUGCAGUCUAUUCGUUUAAGCUUUGAAGCUGCCAAUUAGUAAAAAGGGCAGCCCGGUGCACGAAGCUCCCGCCAUGCGGGGUCCCGGGGAAGGAUCCAUUGUACGCAGCCUUACCUGCUUUUUGCAAGAGGCUAUUUCCAGGAUUCGAACCCGUGACCUUUUGGUCACAUGACAACAACUUUACCGUUGUGCCAAGGCUCCCCUUCAAGCUGCCAAUUAGUAAUUCACUUUAAAACAAUUCAUAUCCUCAGCAAAUGUAUUGUGAAAAGCACUCUUUCCAGUUUCAUUUUAUAUAUAAAUUAAUGAGGUGGAUGGGUGGUUAAAGAGGAGUAUAAAUGGUAUUUUACACUCCUUCCAUUUCUUCCUCAUUAUUCAAGUAAACAACAUUUAGUCCAUCCUCCCUUCUUUCUCUUCCAUCUCCCUCCUUUCAAGUAAACAUAGCCUUAUACAAAAAAGUUCUCAUGCUGAGGACAUAGACUGAUAGGAGGGGGAAUGAAACUAAGAUAAGUGGAAUGAGUCAUUCUCUUGUUUGGUGAUUUGGGAAAUCGCAAGUGCAUGAUUCUGUCAGCAAGUAAUAAAAUAUCGAUCCACAAGUAUUGUUGAUUAAGCAUUAGUUAAGUUCGUAAAGCAAGUUAUCUAGACGAUCAGGUUAUGUGUGGUCACGAGAGAGAGAGAGAGAGAGAGAGAGGAAGGUUUGAGAGAAGGCCUAGAGCAGGAGUCAAGAGAAGGCAAGUGGUCAAAGGGAGAAGUUGGAAUUGUGGGGAUCGAUUCUAGGACUUCGGUUUCACUAUAGUUGAUGUUCCUAAGUAUCGGCCACUUUCCUACCCCCAUGUUUACAUACUUGUAGGGAUUUUAACCAAAUUACCGAUAUGAUCCCAUGAAGGUAGUAUCGGAGUGUUUACCCCAAUUUCAAUACUAUUAAGUAAAUAGACGCUUAAAAGGUUACCCUUAUCACGUGAGGACCAACGGUCAUGCAAUCUAGAUUACUCAAUCCACUUCCUAACACUAAGUUGGAGAAAAACCAUUUAUCAAUAGUUAGCUAUCCCUUGCGAAGAAUUAGCUCCUCUUCAAAGUAAUGACUCUAAAAAGUCCGCUUAAAAGGUUGGCCCACGUGAGGACCAACGGUCAUACAAUCUAAAGCAUUUCCCUUUCAUAGUGACCAAAUCUCCACAUCCAAUUGUACACACAUCACACACAUUCAAUCAAACAAGAACAAGGCAUAAGCAUAUCAUAGAAUAGGGAAAUGACCAAAUACAUAGUUCAUACAUUAAUAUCACAUCUUAGGUACUCUCUACAUCCUAGAAUUUAGAGGACCACUCCAUAGAGAAGGAAAUACAACCACAAGACAUAAAAAAUAGCAAGCUACAAUUCAAAUCGGAAAGAAAAGAGAAGAGAA